AUGGUGCUCAUCCCAAGGAGCGCCGUGUCUGCAGCGGCGAGGCCGUGGACGGCCACUGCCCCACUCACCACACGCGCUGCCGCCAUGGCGGUCGCCAAGCCGAUCACAGCCGCAUCGAUAGCGCGGCCGUUUUCAACGUCACAUCGCCGUACUUCCGAGGAGCCUCAACGCUCUUCGACGUCAUCCUCCUCCGGCGGCCGCUCCGAAAAGGACUCGAGCGAGGGAUUCCGGAGCUUCUUCAACUCGACCGGAUGGGAGACCGCCAUGGGUGCCUCGGUGGGUGUGCUGCUGCUCGGCGGCGCUGCGAUGGUCUACCAUUCUUGGUACAAGCGACACGUGCUCAAGAAGAUGGAGGCUGCCUUCGAUCCAGGCUACGAUCCCGUGCUGGCGCUCGCCAAGAGCGGCGACCAGCUCGCCCAUGUGCGCAUCGAGCCGCCGCGGCCCGAGGACGAGAUGAUUCGCAGCAUCGUCUCGGGCAAAGAGGCGGGUCGCUACUUCCUCGUGAUGGGCAGCAAAGGCUCGGGCAAGGCGACGUCCAUCAUCGAGGCCAUGGCCGAGAUCGAUGCGGACGGCUGUGCGUUCUUCGAUGCGCACCUCGAUCCCACCAUCGUCGUGGACCGCUUCUCGGAAUCGAUCAACUUUAGCAACAACCGCGACUACCUCGGCAACCUGCUGGGCCUUUCCGAUCUCUCCGGCAUGUCGUACUACCAGCAGCUCGAGCGCGCGCUGCACAAGCUCGAAAAGGCGCUCAUCACGCGCAAGCAAAAGACGGGCAAACCGGCGAUCAUCGUGAUGAACAGCGCACAUCUGCUGCCGCGCGACGAGGAGGGCACCAAGCUGCUCCACAUCUUCCAGCAGCGCGCCGAGAAGUGGGCCUCGGCCGGCACGGCCACCUUUGUCUUUACCACGGCCGACUACUGGGUGUACGACGUGCUGCGCAAGGCAUCCAACCGGAUGGACACGCUCUCCUUCCGCGACCUCUCGCGACGCCAGUCGAUCAACGUGCUGCGCGGAUGCCGCAAGCAGUACUGGGGCGAGAAGCCGUCGUCGCAAGAUCCGCGCGUGCUCCAGGAGGUCUACGAGAUCUGCGGCGGACGACUGGGUCUGCUCAACAAGGUGGCAAGGCGCAAGGAUAUGCUGCGCGCCGCACGCCAGCUCGUCGAGGACGACAUGCAGUGGGUGCUCAGCAAGACCGGCAUCAUCGAGGACCACGACGACGACGUCAUGGACGAGCAAAAGUGGUCGACGUGCAGCUGGCUCCUUUUCUGCGAGCUUGCCCACAAGCAGAAGGAGCUCGAGGAUCUGCUCAACGACUACGGCGGCCGGCUGCCCGCCUUUGUCAACCAGGACGAUGUCGAGGAUCCGCAGUACAGCAGCCUGGCCGCGCAGCUGCACAGCGACGCCGGAUGGUUCAAGGCGCGCGCAUCGCCCGUGCCUGGCCUCACACGCUUCACCACCGUGGCGGCGGCGCAGAGCGACGACGAGAAGCGGCCAGGAUCCAACCAGGCUGGCACAGGUGUGCGUGCGAGCGUUGCGGUCGGGGCUGAUGACGACGACGAGGACGAUGACGACGACGAGGACGAUGACGAGGCGGCAACAUCGCAUCGAAGGUUGACCGAGUCGCCCAUCACCGAUCCUAGCAACGACCAGGAGUCGGACGUGCGCGGUGCCGACGUUCCCAACCCGCACCUCACAUGGGGCGAAGCGCGCCAGGUCAUGACGCGCCCCGAUUUCAUCAUGGAGCUGGACCACCUCAACGUCAUCCACAUUGACCGUCACCACCACAUCCGUGCCGACUCGAUGCCGCUGCUGCGCGCCAUGCGACGCGUGGCCGAGUCCGAGGGCUACGGCGACCGACUCGAGUCGGUCAUGGACCGCGUCUCGGCCAUCGAGAGUCUCGGCCGUACGCGCGAGCUGGUGUGGAAGGAGCAGGGCGACGGCGGCAAAUUCCUCAUCAAGAAGGACCACAAGGGUCGCGAGUUUGAAACCUGGACUCUGCUCGGCGGCGACGAGAGGCUCGGUCGUGACGUCGAUGGAGAAGGUGACGACGACGAUGCUUAA